ACGCGCGCUGCAGUGGCGCUAGUGAGUGAAGCAUCGUUGAAGCGCGGCAGAGCUGUCAGGCAUUGUUUAUUUUGCGUGCUCGUUUAAACGCUGAAACUAUCCUCACCGUUCAUUAUUAGCUCCCGGAAUACAUCAGUCCUGCUCUCCGUCAGUCAGGCAGGCGCUGGAGCCGCUGUCGUCCUUUAAGAAAGGUGUUAAUGCUGUUAUUUGUGUAGUGUGAGGUGCGCGCGCGUCUCAAGGAGCUCCAGGCGGACUGUAUAUUUUAAUAUUGAUCCAUAUGCACGGUACAGUAAGUGUUAUAUUCUACUGACAGCUGAUACGUUUGCAUUAUACCGCCGCCGUCGCUGCCCUAUAUUAUCGCUGAGACGCUUGGAUAAGCUUCAGGACGGCGACUCCACACUGGACCACGCACCUGAGGUUUGUUUGAUGUCCUCGUGAGGAACCCGAGCAGAAGAUGUGGGUGAACCCUGAGGAGGUGUUGCUGGCCAGCGCGCUGUGGAUGACCGAGAGAGCGAAUCCCUACUUCAUCCUGCAGAAGAGAAAGGGCCACGGAGACGGCGGAGGAGGGCUCGCGGGUCUGCUGGUUGGUACUCUUGACGUGGUGCUGGAUUCGAGUGCCCGUGUGGCCCCGUACAGGAUCCUCUACCAGACCCCCGAUUCCCUGGUUUACUGGAGCAUCGGCCACGGGAGCUCUCGUAAGGAGAUCACGGAGAACUGGGAAUGGCUGGAGCAGAAUCUGCUGCAGACGCUCUCCAUCUUCGAGAAUGAGAACGACAUCACCACCUUCGUCAAGGGCAAAAUACAGGGCAUUAUAGCCGAAUACAACAAAAGCCAUGAUAUCAGAGAGGAUGACGACACGGAUAAGUUUAAGGAGGCCAUCGCUAAGUUUCGCAAGCUAUUUGUCAUGCCGGAGGAGGAGAAGCUGGUCAACUAUUACUCCUGCAGCUACUGGAAGGGCAAGGUGCCGCGGCAGGGCUGGCUGUACCUCAGCAUCAACCACCUCUGCUUUUACUCCUACCUGCUCGGGAAAGAGGCUAAGCUGGUGAUCCGCUGGGCCGACGUGACUCAGCUGGAGAAGAACGCCACGCUGCUGCUGCCGGACAUGGUGCUCGUCAGCACACGCUGCAGCGAGCACGUCUUCUCCGUCUUCCGCAACAUCAACGAGACCUUCAAACUCAUGGAGCAGCUCGCCAAUAUAGCCAUGAGACAGCUGCUGGACAACAAGGGCUUCGAGCAGGACCGCUGUCUGCCCAAACUCAAGAAGAAGUCGCCCAAGAAAGUGUCGGCCCUCAAAAGGGAUUUGGACGCCAGGGCUAAAAGCGAGCGAUACCGGGCACUUUUCCGCCUGCCGAAAGACGAGAAACUGGACGGUCACACAGACUGCACGCUAUGGACCCCCUUCAACAAGAUGCACAUCCUCGGACAGAUGUUCGUCUCCACUAAUUACAUCUGCUUCACCAGUAAAGAGGAGACCGUCUGCAGUCUGAUUAUCCCGCUCAGAGAGGUGACCAUCGUUGAGAAAGCCGAUAGCUGUAACGUCCUUCCCAGCCCCUUGUCAAUCAGCACCAAAAACAAAAUGACCUUCCUCUUUGCCAACCUCAAAGACCGGGACUUCCUGGUGCAGAGGAUCUCGGACUUCCUGCAGCAGACCACCUCCAAAAUCUACUUUGAGCGGGAAAUCACAGGCAGCCUCAGCAGCUCAGACGACGAGGUGUCCUCUCAGCAGGGCAGUGUCUUGUCCUGUAGUCCCCAGCGCAGCGCUCUCGGCUCUGAGGGAGACAGUGACAGACAGUUCAAUCUCAAUGAUAACAGGGUUCCCACUGCGACACAAGCCCUGAUGACCAUGUACCGCCGGCGGUCCCCGGAGGAGUUCAACCCCAAACUGGCUAAAGAGUUUCUGAAGGAGCAGGCCUGGAAGAAUCACUUCACCGAAUACGGCCAGGGAGUGUGUAUGUACCGCACGGAGAAGACCAAAGAGCUGGUGCUGCAGGGCAUCCCGGAGAACAUGAGAGGAGAGCUCUGGCUCCUGUUUUCUGGGGCGAUUAAUGAGAUGGCCACUCAUCCUGGUUAUUAUGAGGAUCUGGUGGAGAAGUCGAUGGGCAAAUAUAAUCUGGCCACCGAGGAGAUCGAGAGAGACCUCCACCGCUCUCUUCCAGAGCAUCCAGCCUUUCAGAAUGAGAUGGGCAUCGCUGCUCUGCGUCGAGUCCUCACUGCAUACGCCUUCCGCAACCCCAACAUCGGCUACUGCCAGGCCAUGAACAUCGUGACCUCCGUCCUGCUGCUGUACGCUAAAGAGGAAGAGGCCUUCUGGCUGCUGGUGGCCUUAUGUGAGCGCAUGCUUCCCGACUACUACAACACCAGGGUCGUAGGUGCUUUGGUGGACCAGGGUGUGUUCGAGGAGCUGGCUCACGUCUGUGUUCCUCAGCUGUACGACUGCAUGCAGGCGCUGAGUGUCAUCUCCACCAUCUCUCUGUCCUGGUUCCUCACGCUCUUCCUUUCCGUCAUGCCCUUCGAGAGCGCCGUGGUGGUGGUCGACUGCUUCUUCUAUGAGGGCAUCAAGGUCAUCUUCCAGCUAGCGCUGUCGGUGCUCGACGCUAACAUCCAUCAGCUGCUGAGCUGCAAAGAUGACGGAGAGGCCAUGACCAUCCUGGGCAGGUAUCUGGACAGCGUGACCAAUAAGGACAGCACUCUUCCUCCAAUCCCUCAUCUUCACUCUCUCCUGACGGAUAAUGGGGAGCCUCAUCCUGAGGUGGACAUCUUCAAACUGGUGCGCAGCUCCUAUGAGAAGUUCGGCUCCAUCCGGGCGGAUGUGAUUGAGCAGAUGCGUUUCAAACAGAGGCUGAGAGUGAUCCAGGCCAUUGAGGACACCACCAAACGCAAUGUGGUGCGUACCAUCGUGACGGAGACACCCUUCAGCAUCGAUGAGCUGGAGGAGCUUUAUACACUCUUUAAGGCUGAGCAUCUGACCAGCUGUUACUGGGGCAGCACCAGUAACCCCAUGAGCCGGCACGACCCGAGCCUGCCGUACCUGGAGCAGUACCGCAUGGAUCUGGAGCAGUUCAAAGUGCUGUUUGCGCUGCUUUUCCCCUGGGCCUGCGGCACACACACCGACGACCUGGCCCUGCGCGUCUUCCGUCUGCUGGACCACAACGCAGACGCGCUCAUAAACUUCAGAGAGUUCAUCAGCGGCCUCAGUGUCCUGUGUCACGGUGACCUGAUGGAAAAACUCAAAUUUCUGUAUAAGAUUCACGUACUUCCAGAGUUGCACCAUGAGCAGGAGGAGCCCGACUCGGCGUGUGAAGCUACGCAGUAUUUUUUUGAGGACAUCACCCCAGAGACCUCCAGCGGCCUCGACCAAAAGAACAGAGCCGAGAAGGACGAUGGUUUUGUUGGAGUCACGUUUAAAAGUGAAAAAGUUAAGAAAAUGCACACUCCAGAUUACCGCACGUACAUGCGCCUGUGGAACCAGGAGACCAAAGCAAAGUUAGAGAACAUGAAGGAUCUGCCCAAACUCAACCAGAGUCAGUUCAUCGAGCUGUGCAAGACUCUCUAUAACAUGUUCAGCGAAGACCCCAGCGAGCAGGAGCUGUAUCACGCCACGGCUACGGUCACCAGCCUGCUGCUGGAGAUGGGAGAGGUGGGCAAGCUCUUCUGCAGUCCGGCUCGCAGGACAGACGAGGAGGACGAGGACGAGCGCAUCCCGCCGAGCAGGAGCAAGCAGGAGCGCCAUCAUCUGGAGGACUCCUCACCCAAAGACUCGGCCACGUCCUCCGCCAUGCUCAUCUCCGACGACGAGACCAAAGACGACACCUCCGUGUCCUCCUACUCCGUCCUGAGCGCCGGCUCGCACGAGCUUCAGUGCGAGGACAUCGCGGAGGACACCGUGCUCAUACGCAGCGGCUCAGCGGCCGCCGGGCAUCAUGGGAGGAGCGGCUUGCCUCACAGCGCCAGCAUCGACAAGGACUGGGCCAUCACUUUUGAGCAGUUCCUGGCCUCGGUGCUCACCGAACAAGCCCUGGUGCAGUACUUAGAGAAGCCUGUGGAGAUCGCCGCACGAAUAACCAACGCCAAGAACGUUCGCAAGGUGGGACACCAACACAUGUCCGUCAGUGACUAUGAGAUCUCGCUAUCGGGCUAAAAACGGUUAUCUCUGUGUUCAAAACUGUGUUUGGGGGUUAAAGGAGUAGUCAUCCAAAACAUACGAUUUGAGCAUGGUUUACUCGCUUUUAUGUUCCAAUCCUGACUUAUUUAUCGUGAGAAGUUAAUGCUAGUUUCUCCAUACAGUGAAAGCGGAUGGUGACCAUCUCUGUCGAGCAAAAACAUGACAAGAAGCACCAUAAAAAUAGACUUGGACACUACAUAGUGAGUUUUCUGAAGCCAUAUGCUAGCAACUUAAAGUUCAUAUGUUUCCCUUACAAACCUCACAUUUUAUGACUAGACAUUUUAUAAUAAAAAUAAUGGCCACUUUUAUGAUGUUUCAUUGUCAGCUUGAAAUGUUAUAUGCACUGUUUGAUUUUAUAUUUUAUAUGAGGCGUGCUGUUUUUGCAGCAAACGGUUUCACACGAAAACCCCUGAUUGGUGUGACUUCGCGGUUUCCAGCAGUAAAUCUCAAUAUCAAAUGACAUAAUAUAAGACUUAUUCACUAUGUAUUGAGUUUUUGAAGCCAUAUGCUAGCACAUUAUGACUUAAAUUUAGUGUGUUUCUCACAUAAGCCUAUUUUUAGACUGUUUUGUAAUAAUUAGCCACUUUUAUGAUGCUUCGUUGUCAUUUUUUGGAGCUCGAAAUCUUCCUCAGGAGGUCAAAAUGUUUUAUUUUACGUUUUAUGCAAGGCUUGCAACUUUUGCAGCACUUGAACAUUUUUGGGACU